AUGUCGCCAGUUCCUGGAGAACCGAAAGAAUCCCCCAAACCCCAGCCUAUUGGGAAUAUGCCAAUGAUCUUCUUGCUCACGACAUGUACACUUUGCGCCCUAUUUUUGCUAUGGAGAAGGGCGGAUGCUCUGCGAAGAGUUGUCUCUCAUCGGCUCAAAACAUUCAGACAAACCGAGGGACCAAUACGUCUGAGUGAAGACGACGGCCCUCCAGCAAAUGAAUUUCUCGCAGACGAUUAUGACGAUGACAAUGCACAUUUACAUGACUCAGAUGACGAGCCCUUGUCAGAGCAUAUCAGGAGGGCUACUCAGGCAUGGAGGGAGCCAAAUAUUGCGAUAUUAGAGCGUCACAGCAGCAGUCAGGAGGAUAGUGUGAAGGUGUUACCAUCUGGGCCAACGCAGUGA